UUGAAGCUGAAUAAACAUUUACACCGUAACUCGUAAUGCACAAAACAGAUUCUGCGGAUUUCACGAGCCGCGUUAAGCUGCUGUUGAAAUUAAUGACAAGCAGUUCUACGAAAGAAUCAACGAGCACCGAAGACGACGACUAUUUUAUCAGCUCCGACGAAUCAGAUAUCAGUACCGAUGAUAACGACGAGGACCAGUCUGACGAAAUCGAGCAGAACUUGGAAAAAGAAAACAAUUACAAUAAGACUGUUCAUCUGAAUAAAUUCUUCGAAGAGCACGUGGAGAACACGAGAAAACACUUAUCAUCGAGUGUACAUAACGAUAGUGUCUGGAACGAUUUCGUGUUUGAGGACAAAAUGUACAGGGUGAUUCCUCUGAAAUUAAGCGAAAAACUAUUGAAAUCGAAAGGUUCGAUUCUAUCGAAGAAAAAUCGCUAG